ACCCUCGUUUCGAGCCUCAUAUCAGUCGUCAUGCGGUCCUCAGCGCUGCUGUCGCUGAUUUCUCUCGUCCCCUUUGUAGCUGCUGUCCCUGCGAGUGAAACGCAGCUUAUCCUUGAAGACAUAACUGGCUACGCAGACCUCGCGUCUUCGGUCUUCGGUAGCCUGGCCAAGGGCAUAGAACAUGCUGUCCACGAGGCAGAGAAGGCUAUCUUCAAGGGAGAAGAGGAAGUGGAAAGGUGGCUUCAUAAUGGCAGAGAGUAUAUCAAGCAACACGACAUGACCUACGAGCUUGUCACGAAUCCCUUCUUCUCUGAACACCAGCUGAGAGUAACGGAGCCGACGCUGUGUGAUCCCAGUGUCCAGCAGUACUCGGGGUAUCUCGAUAUAACGGACGGCAAGCACCUGUUUUUCUGGUUCUUCGAGUCGCGGACAUCGCCCGAGACUGCCCCCCUGGUUCUGUGGCUAAAUGGAGGGCCCGGUUGCAGCUCCACGACCGGUCUGCUGUUCGAACUUGGGCCCUGUCGGAUUGCGGAUGAGGGCAAGAACACCACUUUCAACGAGUACAGCUGGAAUACGCACGCGAACAUUAUCUUCUUGGACCAGCCCGUCGGAGUUGGCUACUCGUACUCGUCUGAUGGGUCGACCGUUAACACGAGUCCCGUUGCUGGGCUGGACGUAUACGCUUUCCUGGAGCUGUUCCUCCAGAGGUAUCCCCAGUACGCUGAUGCUCCCUUCCACUUGGCUGCGGAGAGCUACGGUGGAACCUAUGCGCCCAAUAUUGCCUCCAUCAUCUACAAGAAGAACAAGGAAUUGGCUUUGGCGCCUACCGCAGAGUUGAUUCCCAUCAAUCUUGCUUCUGUCGUUCUGGCCAAUGGGCUCACGGAUCCAUACUAUCAAAUGGCUUCUGUUCCUGACUACGCAUGCGAUGGCCCCUAUCCCAUUUAUGAUGACCCUGAAGGACCGCAGUGCCAGGCCCUCCGAUCCCGAGUGCCUACUUGCCAGCGUUUAAUCAAGUCUUGCUACGAGUACAACUCGAGACUGACUUGUGUCCCUGCCGCCCUGUACUGCUGGGGACAACUUUUCGGCCCCUUGCAACAGACCGGCUUGAACCUGUACGACGUCCGCAAGACGUGCGACAGGCAAAGGGACGGCCCGCUCUGCUACAAGCAGAUGGAGUGGAUUGAAACCUGGAUGAACGACGAUGCGAACAAGAAGGCGCUUGGUGUAAACCCCAGUCUUGACUUCGAAUCCUGCAACACGGAGAUCAACCAGGCCUUUAUGAUGCAAGGGGAUGGCAUGCACAACAGUGCUGCCUUGUUGCCUGACUUGAUCAACGACGGCGUCAGACUGUUGGUCUACGCUGGUAAUGCAGAUGCAAUGUGCAACUACAUUGGUAACGAGCGUUGGUUCACUGCGCUGGAGCACAACUUCCAUGAGGAGCUCGUCUCCGCCAAGUCGCUGCCCUGGGUCACAUCGGAGUCUGGCAGAGUGGCCGGUGAGGUGCGCAGUGCCGGCGGCGGUGGUUUCACGGCUGGCAAUGUUACUUUUGUCAACGUCUACGAGGCCGGACACAUGGUUCCGUUCGACCAGGACGAGGCUGCUCUUGAUUUGAUCACGAAGUGGAUCAUGAAUAUCCCGCUUUCCCUGAAGUUCGCUGCUUGAGAGGAUAUCUGCCCCCUUCAGGCAAUGGAGCGGGAUUGAUUUGAAUAGAUCCAUACGCUCCCAGCAUAUUCAUUCGGAGCGUUCGUUACUUGUACAUUUAUACAUGGCCUGUAAUAUAAGCACUAGAAAUAUCGCUUGUCGAUUGUGUGCGCACAACGCGCAUUCCAGACGGC